AUGGGUCAGGCCUUCUCCUCUUCGUCGAACUCGAAGAAGCAGACGCCGGCUUCUACACCCCAAAGAGCCCCGAACUGUCCCGAUCCACGAUCUCCAACCAAUGACAUUGAACGUACUCCGAUUACAGUAAACACGUUAGUUCUAUAUCAUAGAUUCUGUUAAAGCUUCAAUAAGUCAAUUUUCAGUUCGAUUGUCAACGAUGAAAACAGCUUCACGGCGAAUUCGGCAACAAAAGAGGAGAAGUCGCGCAAAAUGACUCUCCGGCAGAAGAUGUUCGAGCGGAAGAAGAAUGGGACUGCGCCAGCAGGUAAUAUCACAUUUAUUCGUCGAAUCACAUUUGUAAAACCCAUAUUUACAGAUGAUUGA